AUGAUUGGUCUUUGGUCUAUCUUAUUUAUCAGCAGUUAUAACGAAUCAGAAAUGUUGAUCAACAUUUUAGGUAUAUCGACGAAGAAGGGAAACUUUGGAAGAAAUAAAAUGAAGGUGUGCCAAACGAACAAGCAAACAUAUAUCAAGUUGAUAUGCAAAUUAAAGCAAGAAAACAUUCUUAAUAAUCUGGGAAAACUUUCAGACAAAAAUGUUGUAAAUCCACAGCAAAAUAUUUCUAUUAAAAGCAGACAAGCAAGCGAGUUGGAUCCACAACACGAAAUACUUAUCUGA